CCUCCUCAAAAGCCUCCUCCUCGUCUCCAUCGGAUCACAGUCUGUCUGGGACUCUAAGCAGCAUCAGUGGGACUCACACUUUCACUUGUCACGGACCGGGAGCAGCCAUGAUUCGGGUUUCUUCUCCUUUGUUGGUUCUGUUACUACUAACGGCUGUUAUCGCGGGGAUCGCUAGCUCUGGAGACACUCUGGUCAGAAAAAGAAGGGAAUGGAUUCUCCCUCCAAAGCCGCUGACGGAAAAUGAAGACUACACCCAACUAGAAUCUAUUGCUAGGAUCCGCUCAGAUGUCGAAUCUUCAAAGGAUAUUGAAUACUCUCUAGAAGGCAUCGGUGCAAAUCAAAGGCCCUACGGUUUGUUCGUAGUCGACCCUAAGACUGGAUUUAUUAGGGUGACCGAUUUGCUCGACAGGGAGGUAAUCGACACGUACAACUUGUCAGGUGUUGCUAGGUACAAAGACGGCAGCAUUGCAGAGAAAAAAAUUGAUCUAAGGAUUAAAGUCGUGGAUGUUAAUGACAACGCGCCAGUGUUUGGAGACAUCAACCCUGGGAGUGUGAAGGAGCUUAGUGCUGUCGGGACUUCAGUUAUGAAAAUAACUGCAACCGACGCUGACGAACCAAAUAACCCUAACUCUAAAAUUGCCUAUAGCAUCUUGGAACAGAACCCGCCUCAUGACAUGUUCUACAUAAAAAGCGAUGGGACCAUCUGCGUAAAGAAUUCUGCUCUGGACAGAGAGAGAGCAGAUAAAUACACUCUGAAGGUAAAAGGUCAGGACUUAGACGGCCGACCAGGGGGACACAGUGCAACCAGCAUGGUUACUGUUCAUGUCGAAGAUGUGAACGACAACCGACCCACCCUGGCAAAUUUGGAGUAUUUCGGCUCAAUUGACGAGAACACAAAGAAUGUGGAGGUGAUGAGGAUCACAACAGAGGACCUGGACCUGAAGGGCACAGAUAACUGGAUUGCUGUGUUUGACAUUGUCAAAGGCAACGAGGCCGGGUACUUCAGCAUCAAAACCGACCCCAUCACCAACGAGGGCAUCCUCAUGCUUGACAAGGAGGUGAAUUAUGAGGAAGUGAAGGAUCUCAAACUGGGACUAUCUGUAAGAAACAAGGCUCCAUUUUAUGAUGGAUCAGGGGCAAGUAGCACGAGUAUAAAUAUAGGGGGCGGAGGGGCUUCAGGGAGUGCAGGGGGAGGAGGUGGCGGAGGAGGAGGAGGAGGAGGAGGAGGAGGAGGAGGAGGAGGAGGAGGAGGAGGGAGUGCCACUGGUGCAAGUGGUGGAGGAGGCGAAUAUCAAGUCGUAAUCAAGGUGAACAAUGUCCCCGAGGGGGCAAGUUUUAAUCCCAAAAUAAAAACCAUUCCCAUCUCAGAGGGAGGCAGCACCUUCGACAUGAAUCAUGUGAUUGGCAGCUACUGGGCAACCGAUGGAGACACUGGGGAACAGGCAAAGAACGUCAGGUAUGCCAAGGGCUGGGACCCUGACAACUGGUUCACCAUCGACCCAAAGACAGCCCAGAUCAGACUGAACAAGUUGCCUGAUAGAGAAUCUCCACACCUGGUCAAUGGGACGUACAUGGCUAAAGUGCUGUGCAUCUCAGACGACAUGCCUUCUAAAACAGCCACUGGCACAAUAGCCAUCCAGGUGGAAGAUUCUAACGACAACUGCCCCACCCUGACCAGCAGCUUGGAGACCAUGUGCACCCCGGCCGAGGCAGUGAUUGUGAGCGCUAGAGAUAAGGACGCACACCCGUACGGGCCUCCGUUUGACUUUGCCAUCGUCCCAGAGGAAACUCAGGGAAUAUGGAAGGUGGAGAAUCUCAAUGAAACUGCAGUUACCCUGAAGGCCAUGGGGUCCGUAUGGCCCGGCUCCUACGAGGUGACCAUGUUGGUGAAGGAUCAGCAGGGGAAGCACUGUCAAGAACAGCAGAAGAUGACGGUCCAAGUUUGCACCUGUGAGGACAGGGUGGUGUGUGGAAUACGCGGCGCCAGUGGUCAGCCCAGCAGGUGGGCGAAGUUCGGACCUGCUGGUAUCGGACUACUUUUCCUGGGCCUGCUGCUGUUACCACUCCUCCUUCUGAUGCUGCUCUUCUGUAAAUGUGGGGGGGCUGGGGGUGUGAGCGGGGACUUUGCUGAGAUACCUUUCGCAUCCAAACCACACAUCGUUAACUACCACACUGAAGGCCUGGGGGGGGACACGGAGGUGCCACUCAUGAACAUGCCAUCACCAAUUGACGGAAAUAUAGACAAUGGCAUGGGUAAGAAUGGUUCAAUGAUAGACCCUAUGCCCUUCCAGCAAGUAGACGGCUACAGAUCCAGUGGCAUCAGAGGAACAUGGGAGAGAAAUGGCUACAGCAAUGGCUUGAGCAAUGGCUUCAUUAAUGGCUUCAGCAAUGGCUCGCACUACGAGAGAAGAGAAUCCAGAGUAGGUGGAGAAAUGUUUGACGGCAUGGCUCUGCAAGACCAAUUCCUGAGACAGUACUACACUCAGAAGGUGACCGGUGAAAAUGAGAACCUCGGACUGAAGGACGGUCUUCUGGUCUAUGACUAUGAGGGCCAGGGCUCCUCUGCUGGCUCAGUGGGCUGCUGCAGCCUCUUGGAGUCUGAUAACGACCUGCAAUUCCUCGAUGACCUCGGGACAAAGUUCACGACCCUGGCUGAAGUGUGCGGCGGCAAGAAAAUCCCAACCCAAGUCAAACAAGUGGUAACUCCUCUGCCCAGUGCGGCCAUCAACACUCGGACCUCAGUAUCAACGUCGACCACCACCCAACAGCAGCCCCCUCCGCCCAAGCUGCAGCCCACCGUUUCCCGGACUGUGGUCCGGGAUUCCUCUGAGCGUUCUCAGGUGAUCAAGGAGAGCACGGCCACAGUGAGGGAAGGGAUGACUGUGGUGGACCAAGGGAUGUUGAAUCAAGGCCAGAUGGUCCUUCUACAGCCGCAGCAGCAGCAGCAGAUCUACUACACCACCGCCCCCAUGCUGCAGCCGGCGCACUUCGUAGUCCAGCCACAGAUUCAGAACACCGUCCUGCUGGCAGAAGCACCCGCCACCAACCUGCAGAGCAUGGUCAUGGUUAAUGGCCUCCAGACUGGACCUGCCCAUGGCAUGAUUGUUCAGGGGCAGACCAUGAUGUCCGGUGGACAAGCCCAAGGCCCCCACAUGGUUCUGAUGGAGAGCUGUGGAAUCCAGGGGGGCGGUGCCAACCUGAUCCACAAUGGGACCCUCUCUGGCUCCCAGACGAUGAUGAUGGUGGAGGGCAAAGUCCCGGCAGGGUCAAUGAGCUAUGUGCAGGGCGGCACUCUGCAGCCAGAAGGCCUUUCAGGGUCCCAGAGGGUCCUGGUGGCUGCAGGGUCAACAGGCAACAGCGGGCCACUGAUCCAGGGGGCAGGAGGUCUGUCCCAGCGGAGCGUUGUCUCCGGUUCUCAAAGAGUCCACCACAGCAAAGACAGCCCAGCCUCUGGGUCUCAGAUCAACGUGGUGCGCUCCUCCACUACCACGGUGAAUUCUAGCCCCACCUACCGCAAGGUGAUGGUGCAGGAGACCAGAGAAAGACACUGAAUAUAGACAAUCAAUCAUUGUCAAGACAAUCGUGGACCUUUCCAAGGACGGCAUUAAGGCGGCCCCAUUGGCCUGGUCCUGCUGGUGAUGGGAUGCUUGUGGGACACAACUAAUGCAAGACAUCAACUGGAGAAAGGGCAGGUUCCUCAUUGACGCUUCCUUAAAUUUGACCCACCACAGCACAUCUGCACUACACUUACCCUCUAGUGCUGGUUUCCACCAGGUUCUGCUCUUAGAGGUUUAAAUGUGUCUGUGUAGGCAUCAAUGAAGCCCCGCCCUCUCUCAGAACUCUGACCAUUUUGUUUGGAUGCAUAUGGUGCAGCUCUUGGGAUGUACUUUUAUUUCACUUUUGCCUUCUGUUGCAGCACUUUGACAUGACACAUAAUCAUUUUCUGUAUACAAUACGUACAUUUCUCUAUUAUCUCAUGUUUCAUAUGCCGUUAGGUUCAUUUGCAUUUUGGGAUUUGAAUUUGCAUACUUCAUUAAGAGAAGCUCAAAAUAAAGAUAUUCAGUAUUUUCUGUUAGCUUCAUAAAGUUUUUCAUGUUUCUAAAAUGUAGUUAAAAAAGGACAACAAUGUAAAAAGUCUAAUGAAGAUUGUCGGUUUUUCAAGUUAUUAAUAAAAGCUAAAUCUCG